CCAGCUUUGUAUUUUAGGCAACAAACGUCAGUUAGGCCCAAAUUCGUAAAACUGAAAAUUAAGUAUUCGGAAAUUCUAAAAUUAUUCUCCGUAAAUUCAGAUAUGUGCAGCCCUUGCUGUAAAUCAUGCAAACCUCCGCCAGAAUGUUCCCGUUGUCCACCGAUGUGCUGCAGUCCGGGCGUUAGUUACUGCAUCUUUGAUCUGGAGAGUGCUGUUUUUGACACCCGUCACGUCUACCAGAGGGCUCUAAUUGAGCUGGCUUCGAGUUACAAUAGGACUAUACCCGAAUAUCUGCUGAUCAAAAGUGGACCAAUGGAAACGGCUGAAAUGGUGCAGAUGAUUUGCCGGAAGUGCGAUUUUCCAGUGGCUUGGGAGACCUUUCGCUUCCAGCUGAAUGAGCGCACCUCCGAUUUGAUUGCAAAUCCCACUUUGAUGCCAGGAGUCGAGCGAUUAGUCACGCACCUGCGCAAAUGCUGCAUGGGAUUGGGACUGAUCACCUCGUGCUCCGAGUCCAUGUACUGCACUAAGAUCCGUGAUCGGCUGGACUUCUUUGAGAACUUCUCAACCGUAAUCUGUGGCAAUGAUCCGGAGCUAAGGGCCCUUAAACCAGAACCGGAUGUGUAUCUGAUUGCCUUGUCGAGAUUGGGGGAUGCUGGACCGGAUUGCACCCUGGUUUUCGACGGCACUCCUCAUGGGGUUCAGGCGGCCAGCGAUGCUCGAUUGCCAGUGGUCAUGUUGGCCGAGAAGAGCCUGCCGUGUUGUUGGUCGGAGUUGGCCACUUUGCGAAUGGAAACCUUCGAGGAGUUCGUUCCGGAGGAGUUUAACAUUCCACCAUAUAGCUGCACGGAACCACCUCCUCGGAAAUCCAAGACUUCCAGUCGCCGAAGCUCGCAAAAAUCCGUAGUCAGUCGAAGGAGCUCUGAAUUGAGGAGGAAGGCAGCUGAAGAUGCGGCAGCCGACGAGGGAGAGGAGGAAGAUGAAGGAGAGGAAGCUGCUUAGUUUUAAAUACCUAAAUUAUUGUAUUUUAUUUGAGAUCAAGUUAGUGGAUUUUAGUACAUAUUAACUGACAUCAAAUUAGAGUAUAUUUUAGAGAGA